AUGCAGGGCCAGCAAGAAUUGUUGCGCUUUCAGGCCAGGAUCGGCAAAGACAAAUCAAUGGCAACGCUUCAUGCCAUAGAGGUCGGCGAAUACGCCAAGUGGACUACGGAGAACGUCGAAGACGCCGCGACGCGGCUCGAUCCCGUAAAGAAAUUUCUGACCUUCGCCAACAAGCGCGGUUGGACGGAAAUCAGCCUGGCGCGAUACGCGGCGGCGCCUCGCCGGAACCGUCGUCGGUUCGCAGGAGGCCAGUCAGGAUCGCGGGGGGCCGGUACCCCGAGCGCCCGGCUGAGCCAGGAACGUCACAUUGAGUUGCAGGCCGAAUUGCAGCGCUUGCGGGAAGAGGUUCCGCAGGUACGCGAAGCGAUACGGCUGGCUCGCAGCGACGGCGACAUCAGGGAAAACUCCCCUUUGGAUGCGGCGCGCGAACAACAGCAGAUGGUGGAGCGGCGUAUCCGGCAACUCGAGAACGACCUGGUCAAUGUGGAGAUCGUGGACGCCGCGAACGCCGACACGGAACGCGUCAGCAUCGGUUCGCGCGUGACCCUGCACGAUAUCGCCUCGGAGCAGAGCCGGGUCUUUACCCUGGUGGACGUGCGCGAGGCCGACGUUUCGGCGGGGAAAAUAUCCACGGUAUCGCCGAUCGGCCAGGCCCUCAUGGGACGCAGCGCCGGCGAGGAAGUGACGAUCACCACGCCCCGGGGAGCGAUGGAAUACCGCAUCGAGGGCAUCGGCGGAUAG